CGGCCCUCUCUGCCCGCCAGCCCCGGCUCGGCUCCGGUCCCCCGCGCAGCCCGCCGCCGCCGCCGCCGCCGCCGCCGCCGGCAGACCCAGCGCUCCGGCCCGACCCGGCUCGGCUCCGCUCGGGUGCCCUCCGCGACCAUGCAGCGCCGGGGCGCCCUGUUCGGCAUGCCGGGCGGCAGCGGCAGCAGGAAGAUGGCUGCAGGAGACAUUGGCGAGCUGCUGGUGCCUCACAUGCCCACGAUCCGCGUGCCCAGGUCGGGGGACAGGGUGUACAAGAACGAGUGCGCCUUCUCGUACGACUCCCCCAAUUCUGAAGGUGGACUCUAUGUAUGCAUGAAUACAUUUUUGGCCUUUGGAAGGGAACAUGUUGAAAGACAUUUUCGAAAAACUGGACAGAGUGUAUACAUGCACCUGAAAAGACACGUGCGAGAGAAGAUAAGAGGGGCAUCUGGUGGAGCUUUACCAAAACGGAGGAAUUCCAAGAUUUUUUUAGAUCUAGAUACUGAUGACGAUUUAAAUAGCGACGAUUAUGAAUACGAAGACGAAGCCAAACUUGUUAUAUUCCCAGACCACUAUGAAAUAGCACUACCAAAUAUUGAGGAGUUACCAGCCCUGGUAACAAUUGCUUGUGAUGCAGUUCUCAGCUCAAAAUCUCCAUAUAGAAAGCAGGACCCAGACACAUGGGAAAAUGAAUUGCCAGUAUCCAAAUAUGCCAAUAACCUUACCCAGUUGGACAAUGGAGUCAGGAUUCCUCCAAGUGGUUGGAAGUGUGCCAGGUGUGACCUGCGGGAGAACCUCUGGUUGAAUCUGACCGAUGGCUCCGUGCUGUGUGGGAAGUGGUUCUUCGACAGCUCUGGAGGCAACGGCCACGCGCUGGAGCAUUACAGAGACAUGGGCUACCCUCUAGCCGUGAAACUGGGAACCAUCUCUCCUGACGGGGCAGAUGUUUAUUCUUUUCAAGAAGAGGAACCUGUUUUGGAUCCUCAUUUGGCCAAGCACUUAGCGCAUUUUGGAAUUGAUAUGCUUCAUAUGCAUGGGACAGAGAAUGGGCUUCGGGACAAUGACAUCAAGCCGCGGGUCAGUGAGUGGGAAGUGAUCCAGGAGACGGGGACGAAGCUGAAGCCCAUGUAUGGCCCCGGGUACACGGGUCUCAAGAAUCUGGGUAACAGCUGCUACCUGAGUUCCGUCAUGCAGGCCAUCUUCAGCAUCCCAGAGUUCCAGAGAGCGUAUGUAGGGAAUCUCCCAAGAAUAUUUGACUACUCUCCUUUAGAUCCAACACAGGACUUCAACACACAGAUGACUAAGUUAGGACAUGGCCUUCUCUCGGGCCAGUAUUCAAAACCUCCAGUGAAAUCUGAACUCAUUGAACAGGUGAUGAAGGAGGAACACAAGCCUCAACAGAAUGGGAUCUCUCCACGCAUGUUUAAGGCCUUUGUAAGCAAGAGCCACCCAGAAUUCUCCUCUAAUAGACAGCAGGAUGCCCAGGAGUUUUUCUUGCACCUGGUGAAUCUAGUAGAGAGGAACCGCAUUGGCUCAGAAAACCCAAGUGAUGUUUUUCGGUUUUUGGUGGAAGAACGUAUUCAGUGCUGUCAGACGCGCAAAGUCCGCUACACGGAGAGGGUGGAUUACCUGAUGCAGUUACCUGUGGCCAUGGAGGCAGCAACCAACAAGGAUGAACUGAUUGCCUAUGAGUUAACGAGGAGGGAGGCGGAAGCAAACAGAAGACCCCUUCCCGAGUUGGUUCGCGCCAAGAUACCAUUUAGUGCCUGCCUUCAGGCUUUUUCUGAACCGGAAAAUGUAGAUGAUUUCUGGAGCAGCGCCCUACAAGCAAAGUCUGCGGGUGUGAAAACAUCUCGCUUUGCCUCAUUCCCUGAAUACUUGGUAGUGCAGAUAAAGAAGUUCACUUUUGGUCUUGACUGGGUUCCCAAAAAAUUUGAUGUUUCUAUUGAUAUGCCAGACCUACUUGAUAUCAACCAUCUCCGAGCCAGGGGGUUACAGCCAGGAGAGGAGGAGCUUCCGGACAUCAGCCCCCCUAUAGUCAUUCCUGAUGACUCAAAAGAUCGCCUGAUGAACCAACUCAUAGACCCCUCAGACAUUGAUGAGUCAUCAGUGAUGCAGCUGGCUGAGAUGGGUUUCCCUCUAGAAGCAUGUCGGAAGGCUGUAUACUUUACUGGAAAUAUGGGAGCUGAAGUGGCCUUCAACUGGAUCAUUGUUCACAUGGAAGAGCCAGAUUUUGCUGAACCACUGACCAUGCCUGGUUAUGGAGGAGCAGCUUCUGCUGGAGCCUCUGUUUUUGGUGCUACUGGACUGGAUAACCAACCUCCGGAGGAAAUUGUAGCUAUCAUUACCUCCAUGGGAUUCCAUCGAAAUCAGGCUGUUCAGGCACUACGAGCCACGAAUAAUAACCUGGAAAGAGCACUGGAUUGGAUCUUUAGUCACCCUGAGUUUGAGGAGGACAGUGACUUUGUGAUCGAGAUGGAGAAUAAUGCCAAUGCCAACAUUAUUUCUGAGGCGAAGCCUGAAGGACCUAGAGUCAAGGAUGGAUCUGGAAUGUAUGAAUUAUUUGCGUUCAUCAGUCACAUGGGAACAUCUACAAUGAGUGGCCAUUAUGUUUGCCACAUUAAAAAGGAAGGAAGGUGGGUGAUCUACAAUGACCACAGAGUGUGUGCCUCAGAAAGGCCCCCCAAGGACCUGGGCUACAUGUACUUUUACCACAGGGUGCCACGCUGAGCCUCAGACACGCCAGUCGGCGAGAGGAAGCCACACGCCUUUUUAAUUUGCCAAAAAAAAAAAAAAAAAAAAAGCAGAAGUUGGGACAGCCAGACAUGAAGGAA